GAGUCUCAGGAUUCCAUGAAAAGUCAUUAUUUUUCAAAAUCCCGCGAGCACAACACAUUCUCCUCGCAGCGAGACCACGGCUUCAAAAUCAAGAUGGCUGCUCACAGUGCUGUGCUCUCGAUGUCCAAAAUCAUUAAUCCCUUCUGGGGUGGACGAAUUGGACAUACGGUUAAAGUAUUUGGAACAACUCUGACAAGUCACAGGAAUAAGACUUUGCUUGCCGGAGAAAACAUACCGCCUCCUGCAAAAUAUGGAGGCAAACACACUGUGACCCUCAUACCUGGAGAUGGAAUCGGUCCAGAGCUGCUCAAUCAUGUCAGAGAGGUUUUCAGGUUCAGCUGUGUUCCAGUGGACUUUGAAGUGGUGCACGUCAACUCUGCCUUGGAGACCGAGGAUGAUAUCAGCAAUGCCAUCACUGCCAUCCGCCGUAAUGGAGUUGCCCUCAAAGGUAACAUAGAAACCAAACACACCAUGCCACCAUCUGUCAAAUCCAGAAAUAAUCUCCUUCGCACAAGUUUAGACCUGUAUGCCAAUGUGAUGCACUGCCAGUCCCUCCCUGGAGUCCAGACUCGCCACAAGAACAUUGACAUCAUGAUCAUCAGGGAGAACACAGAGGGAGAGUACAGCAGUCUGGAGCAUGAGAGUGUAUCAGGGGUAGUGGAGAGUCUCAAGAUCAUCACCAGGAACAAUUCCCUCAGGAUCGCUGACUAUGCCUUCCAACUGGCCAGGGAGAAAGGUCGUCGUAGGGUCACGGCCGUGCACAAGGCCAACAUCAUGAAGCUUGGUGAUGGCUUGUUCCUGCAGUGCUGUAGAGAAGUGGCCUCUGGUUACCCAGACAUCACAUUUGACAGCAUGAUUGUGGACAACACCACCAUGCAGCUGGUGUCCAAGCCCCAGCAGUUUGACGUGAUGGUGAUGCCCAAUCUGUAUGGGAACGUGGUGAGCAACGUGUGUGCAGGCCUGGUGGGAGGGCCGGGCCUGGUUCCCGGGGCUAAUUAUGGCCGCGACUAUGCUGUCUUUGAAACGGCCACAAGGAACACAGGGAAAAGUAUUGCAGACAAAAACAUUGCCAACCCCACUGCCAUGCUGCUAGCCAGCUGCAUGAUGCUGGACCACCUUAAGCUUUAUGAAUACGCAAGUUUGAUCCGCAGUGCAAUCCUCACCACCAUGAAUGAAACCAGGUUGCACACAGCUGAUAUCGGCGGUCAGGGCACCACAUUAGAGGUGGUCCAGUCCAUCAUGCGGAUCAUCCAGAGUAAAGGGCAGCUCACAGCUGAACUCUAAAGACAGACACACUCAGCAGAGGUGUGAGUUUGAACAGGUGUCAGUACCUGAGACAGGUGUCCUGUUUGAGAGGGGAUGUCUAUGCUUGUCUGUUUCCAUAGCGUCGCGUCUUAUCUCUGACAUCAGAACGGUUCCUUGUUCUUUUCUUUUUUUUUGUCUUGUUCACGCAGCUUACUGACCAGUUCACUGUACAAACGGCCUUUUAUCCACACCUGUGUGUUUCACAGAAAAUAAUGACCUAUCUGGGCCUGAGACGAAAACGGUUUACUUUUGAUAAAAUUCCAUUAUCGCUCCUGUUCAGUGAUAAGUCCUGCUGUAAGGAGGUUACAUUUCACUCAGUUCAUCAGGUUCAUUCAGUUGAAAAUCUCUGUUCUGACAAAUUGUUAUGAAACAUAAAAAAGUGUCUUUUGCAGUAUGUCAACCGGUAAGCACAUGUUGGGGUCAGAAAUGUCUAAUAUCCUGAUAGACAUUGUCCACUCUGCAUUCUUUAGUGUGGAUCAUUUAUUUAUUUUCCAAAUUACAACUGUGUUACAGCCAAUCGACCAAAAUGUGCAAUGUCCGUUUAUGCACUUUUCUUUCUUUGUCAUACUGUAACUUAAAUAUCAAGCUGCCUCUUAAUAUACUGUCCUGUGUCUUCACAUCAGAACAAAUGUACUACAAAAGUCGUCAGAUGUAUAGCUUUCAUAUAUACUGUAUCUAUGCUGUAUCAUCAGAGGACGUGUGUAUCAAGUAACUGCUGUCAAAGCUGAACUGUUUCGCUUGUGCCAUAACAAUCUUUUCACCUAAGUUUGGAUCAUGUCAUAAAGUGUAACCAGGCAAGAGCGAGGUCUGAAGCCUGUUCUGAAAAUACUGUUUUUAUCAUAUCUGUGGGUGAGUAAAUAUACUGUGUAACAAAAAUAUUAUCAAUAAAGAAAAAUUGACCUUAAAGUGA